AUGAGAAAAUAUUUAUGUAAAGUUUCAUUUAAUGUUAUUAUUUUGAUAAUAUUAUUUUGUCACAUUAUUAUUGCAAGAAAUAAUAAGACAAUAAAAUGGAUAGAUGUUGAGAAAGAUGGUAAAAUUUUUAAUCAUAUAGUUCGGUAUUUUAUAAAAGAUGAUAAAAUAUUGAAAAUAUAUACAAUUAAUAAUAAUAUAAUUAUGGAAAAUAUUGAUGAUGAUUAUUAUAUGAAUAAUAAAGAAAGUUUGUUAAAGAAUAAUGAUAAAAAUGAUGAUAAUUUUUUCAACAAUAUAGUUAAUAAUAAAGUUCCAUUAAGUUUCCUGAUAGAAAUGUUUUAUGGUUAUGGAAAGAAAGAAAUAUUAAGUUAUAGUGGGAUGAAAACUUUUAAACUCAUGUGUAAUAAGAUAUGUAAUUUAGAAGAACGUAAUGUUGUGAAUAAAUGUCCUUAUUAUUUAUUUAGAAAUUUAAUAUAUAAUUUUAUACCUGAAAAUGCUUUUAUAAAAAAGGAUGGGAAUAAUGAAAGAGUUAAUAAUAAUAAUAUGUAUAUAAAAAAUAAGAAAGAGAUACCAUUUAAGUGUUCAUCAUAUAUAUUUUUCUUGGAUAAUAUAUUAAGUAAAAAUCAAAAAAAGAAAGAGGAAUGUAUUUAUAGGAUGAACCAUGUGAAUAUUUCUUAUACAUAUGUAGAAUAUGAAAUAAAAGACACUUUUGAAAAUAUAUUUUUUGACGUAAUAAAAUAUAUAAGUACCAUAAUGGAAGCGAAUAGAAAUAUAAUGAAUUUACAAAAUUAUGAUAAUAAAGAAUAUAAAAUGUUCAUAGAAUUAAAUAAUAUAAUAUUGGAGAAAGAAUCAAAAUUGAAACAUGUGUAUUUUUAUAAUACAUUAGAAGAAUAUAUACAAUCAUUGGAUGGUAUAAACAAAAUAUUUGCAGAAGAUAUUAUAAAAGAAAUUAUGGACAUAUAUUCUAAUAAAAAUAAUGAUAAUGUAGAUAAUGGGAAAUCAUUUUUCAGAACAAAUAAAUUCAUUAUAAAUAGAAGGUCUAAUGAUAUAAACUAUAAUAAUAAUAAUAAUAAUAAUAAUGAUAUAUUUAUGUUGUAUAAUGAUAAUAUUUCUAAUGAAAAUUCAAUUUUUCCUAACGUGCAAUUUGUUAGUAAUAUUAAUGAUUAUGAAAAAAGGGGCGCAAAUAAGAAUGAACAUGAUAUUUUAAAAGUUACUAUGGAAAGUAAUAUGAAUGACAUAAAAAAUGAUGAAGAGAUUGAUAUGUUGGUUUUAUUAAAUAAAUAUUUUUUUGAUUUCUACAUAAAUGUAAGACGUAUGAAUGAGGAAUAUAACGAAUACUUUGAUGUAACAUAUAAAUAUGGUGAAAUUAAAAAUGUGCAAAAUAAAAAUAAGGAUAAUCAAUUAUUAAGAAAAAAAGAAAAUGAAGAGAAGAAGAGAAAGAGAGUUUAUACAUCAUUUAUAAAAUUGAAAGAAAAAUAUAUGAAUGAGAAAAUAAAUAAUGGGUCCAAUAUUACUAAUGAAUAUAUAAGCGGUGAAACCAUAAAUGAUACAUAUGUAAAUAUGAAGCAUUCGAAUGGUGAAUUAUUAAAUCCCCAAAAUAGUACUGACAAGAUAAUCUUAAACUCAAUGAAUGUCUUAAAAAAUAUAACAGAUAAAAUUAAGAAGGAUAAUAAUUUUUCACAUGUUAAUAAAAUAAAUGAGAUAGAUAUACCUACUGUUGCUGAAGAGGAAAGGAAAAUUGAUGACUUUUAUGAAUAUGAAAAGACGACCAUGAGGAAAAUACAUGAGAAUAAGGAAAAUAUUUAUAGAAUGAUUAAUGAAGAUUUGGAUAUAUUAUUAAAACCGGCUCAAGACGAAUAUAUAAAGGUGGCUAAAAAUAUAAAAAAUAAAUUGUUACAGGAAUAUGAGCAAAUUUUGAAGGAACAAAUAUCAGACGACGAAAUAUAA